AUGGGACCGCCGACCUCGAAAGUAGCCCUCGUCACUGGUGCCAACGGCAUCAGUGGGUUUUCCGUCAUAGAGCAUCUUGUUCGCCAGUCAAAAGAAGAAUGGUCCAAGAUUGUCGUCACUUCCAGACGCCCCCUGCCCAAUGCCUGGAUCGACCCCCGAGUAGAAUUCCUGGCUAUUGAUUUUCUAGACCCAGUGGAGGAUAUCAUAGCCAAGAUGAAGGACAUCUGUGCUAAUGUCACUCACGCAUUCUUCACCUCCUACGUCCACAGUGACGAUUUCAAAUUGCUUCGCGAAAAGAACGUCCCGUUGUUUCGUAAUUUCCUCGAUGCAACUAUCUCAUCCUGCAAUAAGCUCCAAAAUGUUUCGCUUCAAACCGGAGGCAAGUAUUAUGGUGUGCAUCUUGGGCCUGUGAAGGUCCCCUUGGAAGAGUCUUUCCCGCGAUACGAUGACCAGGGAUACAAUUUCUACUAUAACCAAGAGGACUAUCUCAAGGAACUUCAAGCGCGUGAUAGGACCUGGUCCUACAGCAUCAUCAGACCAAAUGCCAUUAACGGUUAUGCUCCAAAUGCCAAUGGAAUGUCGGAAGUUCUUACAAUCAUUAUCUAUAUGCUCAUUUGUCGGGAGCUCGGCCAGCCAGCAAAUUUCCCUGGAAAUGAGUAUUUCUGGAACUCGAUCGAUGAUAACUCAUACGCCCCAAGUGUAGCAGAUCUGACUGUGUUCGCUGCCUCUCACGAAAAUUGCAAGAAUGAGGCUUUCAACCAUGUGAAUGGUGAUAUCUUCGUUUGGAAGUAUAUAUGGCAAGACUUUGCUGCGUAUUUCGGUAUCGAGGUCCCAGAGCCGAACUUCGUCAAAGCCCGUCGAGCUGAUACCCUUUCAAACGAGAUCGACAUGGUGGAAUGGGCCAAGGACAAGCGGGGUGUCUGGGAGACCGUUGUGAGAAAAUAUGGUGGCAAAGUUGAAACCUUCGAUUGCGGCACUUGGGGAUUCUUCAACUGGGCUAGUGGCAAAUCCUGGCUUACAAUUUCAUCCAUCAACAAAGCCAGACAGUUUGGCUGGCAGCGAAAUGACAGGACCUUCGACACUUGGAUCGAAACAUACCGCUCCUUCGAAAAUGCAGGAGCUUUGCCCUCGCGUGCGGCGUUACUCAGGGACUAG